UGGGCCUCAUAAACAACCACAGAACCACAAGUCGGGUAGCCUGGCAGUGUCAGAAGUCUGAACCCAGCACAGUGGUCAGCAGGCAGGACGAAUCACACUGAAUGCUAACCACAGGCUCUCGCAGAGCGGUAAAAGGAGUCACUGAAUCCCCCCGCCUUCAGAAGAGGUGCAUUUUCCAGAGGAAAGGAUGGCUUCAGACAGCAUUUUUGAGUCAUUUCCUUCAUACCCACAGUGCUUCAUGAGAGAUGCCAGCACGAGCCGCCGCUUCACGCCGCCUUCCACCGCGCUGAGCCCCGGCAAGAUGAGCGAGGCGCUACCGCUGGGCGCCCCGGACGGCGGCGCCGCCCUGGCCAGCAAGCUGAGGAGCGGCGACCGCAGCAUGGUGGAAGUACUAGCUGACCACCCGGGAGAGCUGGUGCGCACCGACAGCCCCAACUUCCUCUGUUCCGUGCUGCCCACUCACUGGCGCUGCAACAAGACUCUGCCCAUCGCUUUCAAGGUGGUAGCGCUGGGGGACGUUCCGGACGGCACUCUGGUCACGGUGAUGGCAGGCAAUGAUGAAAACUAUUCGGCGGAGCUGAGAAAUGCUACGGCGGCCAUGAAGAACCAGGUGGCAAGAUUCAACGACCUCAGGUUUGUCGGUCGGAGUGGCAGAGGCAAGAGCUUCACUCUGACCAUCACCGUCUUUACCAACCCCCCACAAGUGGCCACCUACCACAGGGCCAUCAAGAUCACAGUGGACGGACCGCGAGAACCCCGAAGACAUCGGCAGAAACUAGAUGAGACCAAGCCGGGGAGUUUGUCCUUUUCCGAGCGGCUCAGUGAACUGGAGCAGCUGAGGCGCACGGCCAUGAGGGUCAGCCCGCACCACCCAGCCCCCACGCCCAACCCUCGGGCCUCCUUGAACCACUCCACUGCCUUUAACCCUCAGCCACAGAGUCAGAUGCAGGAUGCCAGGCAGAUCCAGCCGUCCCCACCAUGGUCCUACGAUCAGUCUUACCAGUACCUGGGGUCCAUCACCUCCUCUUCCGUGCACCCAGCAACACCCAUUUCUCCUGGGCGUGCUAGUGGCAUGACGAGCCUCUCCGCGGAGCUCUCCAGUCGACUCUCAUCCGCCCCGGACCUGACAGCCUUCGGUGACCCGCGCCAGUUCCCCACGCUGCCCUCCAUCUCCGACCCGCGCAUGCACUACCCUGGCGCCUUCACCUACUCUCCGCCCGUCACGUCGGGCAUCGGCAUCGGCAUGUCGGCCAUGAGCUCGGCCUCUCGCUACCACACCUACCUGCCGCCGCCCUACCCAGGCUCCUCGCAGGCCCAGGCCGGGCCCUUCCAGACCAGCUCGCCCUCCUACCACCUGUACUACGGCGCGUCCGCCGGCUCCUACCAGUUCUCCAUGGUGGGCGGCGAGCGAUCGCCCCCGCGCAUCCUGCCGCCCUGCACCAACGCGUCCACGGGCGCCGCGCUGCUCAACCCCAGCCUGCCCAGCCAGAGCGACGUGGUGGAGACCGAGGGCAGCCACAGCAACUCGCCCACCAACAUGCCACCCGCGCGCCUGGAGGAGGCGGUGUGGCGGCCCUACUGAGCGCACACCCGCACGCUCGCCCGACGGCGCGUCGAGGGACUGAGCCCGCCUGGCUGCACCCGCCGUCCAUGCACAGACACCCCCACCCCAGGAGGGCCCCCGGAGGAGGCCGACAGGAAGAUCCCCGGAGGGGAACUGUGAAUGCUCCUGAUUUAGCAAUGCUGUGAAUAAAAGAAAGAUUUUAUACCCUUGACUUCACUUUUUAACCACGUUGUUUAUUCCAAAGAGUGGAAAUUUUUUUUGAUUGGGGCGGGGAAGACAUCCUGUUUGACAUCUAUUUCUUAUUUCGGAGUUUCUUUUCCGCACCUUAUCAAUUGCAAAAAAAGAAAAUGUGUGUUUUUGCAUCUGGGUGGUCGUUAUUUUUGGAUAUGUAUAGGUUUGAGCUUGCUUCUUUCUUCCUUUGACCAACUGAAAGAAAUGCGGUUCCUUUCUCUGUACGUUUUAUUUAACUUUUGGACUUUAAUGUAGCUGGGAUUUUUUUUGUUUCUUUUAUUGUUUGUUUUUUUUUUAAGAGACAGCUACAGCUUUGGGUCAUUUUUUUAACUACUGUAUUUCCACAAAGAAAUCCCUAGAUAUUUAUGUAUCUCGAUGUUUGAACAUUUACAUGUGUUGAUACUUUUUUAAUUAUUUAAAUGUACUUAUAUUAAGAAAAAAUAUCAAGUACUACAUUUUUCUUUAUAAUAGCCAAAGUUAAAUGUUAUUGCAUUGAAGAUGGCUGGAAAAAAAUGGAUGGGUUUAUGUGAUCGCUUGGUUACCUAGAGAUAUUGUUUACAUUAAACUCCCUUUUAUGUUAUUCAGACAAGUUGGUAGCUAACGCAGCAAUGUUUUCAAUCAGAUUUUAGACACUGAGGGUCACUCCAAGGAUCAAAAUUUUCUGCCAGGCUCAACCUAGGGCCUCGUACCUGGCUCCUUCCCUUCAAAAGGAAAGGCAAAACUCUGCUCCCCCAAAGGAUUCAGAGAAGUGCCAAUGGUUACAUCUAGGAAGUGGAUUUUAUUUCCGCCUGGAGGUAAGCUUGCCCCAAGGCCUUCUGAUUCAGGCAUGAGUAUAACAGCUCGUCUGGGUAGGCCAUUGGGCCCCAAAACAAUGAAUAAGAUCCUUUAAUGAUAGUUCCUGUUCUUCGAUGAAAACCAAAACUCGUGGCUGCACUCCAAAGAUCCAAAUAGAAGGGGUAAUACCAGGGGCCUUUGAGGGCCAAUGGCUGGGUUUUAAGAGAGUGUACCCCAAAAUGCCUGAAGGAGCCAGUUUCCCUCUACCUACGUUAGUGGGAGGGAUCAGUUGUGGGAGAUGCCUUGUCAACCAGUGCAGGACGCGUCCCGGAAGCUGCUCACUCACCAGUACCUUUGAGUGACUCCCACCAGGCUGAGGCCCUAACCUUUGGGGUUAGUGCACUUUAUCUGUGGGCCAGCAGCAUAAGAAAGAUCCGUGUCUCUGCGGUCCACGCUACGGUUCAAAUGUAUACCACAGUCACUGUAAAUGUAACAGCACUGUUGUUAUAGUGGAGGGACUUGGUCAAAAUUCAGUUGUUCCACAACUUAUAAAUCCUAACUGCUGAUUUUGACAUAUGUGUGUGCUCAAAAUGAUCUGGUUGUUUUUAAUGUACCUCUUAAAUUAGUUGAAAUGAUGUCAGGUCAAUUCUGAAGAGCGUUUGAAAGCAGGACUUCAGAACAGUGUUGGAUUUUUUUAUUAUUAUUUUAUAAAUUUAAGCAUUCAGAUUAGAUCUUUGGCUGCAGGCAGCAAAAACAGCUGGACUUAUUUAAAAAAUACAACUUGUUUUUGAGUUAUCUAUAUCUAUAUCUAUAUAUUGAUUCUUUGUUUUACACGGAGCAGCAGCACUUUGGGGGGUGACUAACUAGCCUGUACUUUCAGGUUGUUCUUAAGGAGAAGAGCUACCGGAGAUCUCGGAGAAACUCGGCUAGAUUUUCAGAGGGGACAUAACUUUCUCCACCAUUCAGUUUCGCUCAGCUGUCCCACAGUCCAUUGUACAGCUAAGCUGUCUUCGGCUGUUAGGAAAACAAAAUGCUAAUUUCUGAAAAAGGAUCAUUAGUUUAUUUCUCCAAAAGCAGAUGCUCCCGUUAGCAUAGGUUACCAUAUCUGGACUGAGAAAACGCUAGGGAAAGAUAAAGGAAGAAGAUUUAUAUUUUUUUAUAUUAAUUCUGAUGCCUAGAGGUACUCUAGCCCUACAAGAAGCACGGGACAGUCUCACACUUCUAAUCUUUGCCCUGGAUACCAGGCACAAGGCUUGUCACUUUGUCACUUGGUUGAAGAUGGCCUGGCUAGCCGCUCAGCGCUUCCCAAACCCUUAUCAGCAUGCACAGUAUUUAGUCAUUUCAGAAAAACGCAUCAAUCAAGCAUUCCUUGUCUUGGAGACAGAUUUCAUAUGGCACAUAUUUUUCUACCUGAGAAAUUGUAUUCAUUUCAGGUGCAUCAAGGUGACUUCACUCACUGUCUCCAGGUAAGACCCACAAGCCACUUCUGAGAUCAGGUGGGGCUGUUUGGGAAUACUGGUCCAGGAAGAGAAAACUGGAAUAAACCAUUUCUACUACUUACUCAAGCCCCUAUUUAUGAUUCAAACACAUAUUUCAGUUUCUUCUGUUUUUCCCACCCUCUGUGUCCUCCAGUAUCUCUUCUAUCUCUUCUCCUCUCUCCUGCAAACUUCACCUUCUCCUUCCUGCAUACUUUUUAAGGAGGCAUCACACACACACACACACACACACACACACACACACACCCUAUCCCAUACCAAGUAUCCAGACACAGAUGGUCUAGUUCUUCUCAAUUUUGCAUAAAGAAGAGUGUGAGUCAGCUAUUCUCUUGCUCAUGUAUUUCUAACAACAGAGCAGAGGUGUUGCCAGCCAUGUUGGAUCUGCUUGCUGUCCAAACCCAGCGGCAGAGACCUCUGUAAAUCCCAAUCCAUGCUGCAUGGCUGCACUGUUGCCCACACGUCCUGUGCAGCCAACAAACAGAAAAGCUCAGACUGGAAGGGACAGACGCUUUCCCUCAAACAGCCUGUAGUUGGUGAUUGCAGAUUUCUUUCUUGAAAUACCUUUUUCCCUGGGACAUUCAGUCCUAGGGGUUUGUUUUGGUUUUGAUAGUUUUCUUUGGUUCUUUUAAUUUUGUUUGUGUGGGGGGAGGGAGGCAUGAAAUGUUUAGGGUCUUUUAUACAAGAAAAUAAAUGGUUUGACAACAAUCUCGGACUAUAUUUUUUCCACAUCUGAACAAAAUACCUUUUGUUUACUCUACGGCAUACCUUUGUUGGGGGUUUUGGUUGGUUGCUUGUUGGGUGCCUUCCCUCUGUCUGCCAGGUCAGUAUUGGCAACACUGAUCAUUUGUCUUUUAUUUUUUUCUUCAGAAGAAGUUGUAUCAAUAAACUCAAUUGUAUUUAUGUAUGUAAAUAGAUUUCAAGCUUCAUUAUAAAAUAUUGUUAAUGCCUGUAGUAACUUUUCUCACUUUUUGUGUGCGUUUCUAAGGACUUUUUCUUAUGUUCGCUAAAUAUUGUAGAAGAAAAUGCUUCUCUCCACUUGUUCAUUUUAGACUUUCAAAAAAAACAACAAGCUACUUCUUAUUCACUUUUUAUAAACAGCUAAUAAACAGCAUGGUUCCAAUUUUUUUUAAGUUCACUUUAUGUUUUAGGAGGAAUGAAUGUGCAAAAAAAAAAGAGAGAGAAAUCUCCAAAUGAACUGUUGGAUGUUUCUGUUACCCUGGAUAUGCAAAGAUCAAUGGGAAAAAUAAAUAAAUAAACUUCCUAACUGAAA